GCCCGGCAGCAUGGCGGCCGUGUUGCUGCUGCUACGCGCCCUUCGCCCGAGUCCGGGACCAGGUCCCGGCCGACUGUGGGGCGCAGGCUCGGGCCGAGGCCCGGGCUUCUCCGCCGAGGCUGUGAGCUGGCGGCCAUAUGUGGUCCGCAGGCCUGCGGUGGGUCUCUCCGGACCUGGAGGCCGAGCCCUGCAGAAUUUCCAAUUGCGAAUGCUAACCUCUACUUUUGAAGGAAUCAGAGGAUUGUUAUUGAAACAGCAUCUAGUUGAAAACCCACUCGGCCUCUGGCAACUUUUAGGUGGACCUUACUAUUUCAAAACUUCAAAGAUGAAGCAGAAGAAUAAAGACAGUGAUAAACCCAAGGGGAAGGCUACUGAAGACGACGAAGAGGAGAGGAGACGGAAGGAGCGGGAAGACCAGAUGUACCGUGAGCGGCUGCGCACCUUGUUCAUCAUCGCAGUGGUUAUGAGCCUGCUGAAUUCACUCAGCACCAGUGGAGGCAGCAUUUCCUGGAGUGUUGUCAAUGAAAUGCUGGCCAAAGGCGAGGUGCAGCGUGUCCAGGUGGUGCCUGAGAGUGAUGUGGUGGAAGUCUAUCUGCAUCCUGGAGCCGUGGUGUUCGGGCGGCCUCGGUUGGCCUUGAUGUACCGCAUGCAGGUUGCAAAUAUCGACAAAUUUGAAGAGAAACUUCGAGCAGCUGAAGAUGAGCUGAAUAUUGAGAGCAAGGAUAGGAUCCCUGUUUCUUAUAAGCGCACAGGGUUCUUUGGAAAUGCUCUCUACGCCCUGGGAAUGACAGCGGUGGGUUUGGCCAUCCUGUGGUAUGUUUUCCGUCUGGCUGGGAUGACGGGAAGGGAAGGCGGAUUCAGUGCUUUUAAUCAGCUUAAAAUGGCUCGUUUCACAAUUGUGGAUGGGAAGACAGGGAAAGGAGUCAGCUUCAAAGACGUAGCAGGAAUGCAUGAAGCCAAACUUGAAGUCCGAGAGUUUGUGGAUUAUCUAAAGAGUCCAGAGCGCUUCCUGCAGCUUGGUGCCAAGGUUCCAAAGGGCGCGCUGUUGCUUGGACCCCCUGGCUGUGGGAAGACGUUGCUAGCCAAGGCAGUGGCUACGGAGGCCCAGGUGCCCUUCUUGGCGAUGGCUGGCCCGGAGUUUGUGGAGGUCAUUGGAGGCCUUGGUGCUGCCCGUGUACGCAGUCUCUUCAAGGAAGCCCGUGCCCGGGCCCCCUGUAUAGUGUACAUUGACGAGAUUGAUGCCGUGGGCAAGAAGCGCUCCACCUCCAUGUCCGGCUUCUCCAACACAGAGGAGGAACAGACCCUCAACCAGCUCUUGGUGGAGAUGGAUGGAAUGGGCACUACAGAUCAUGUCAUCGUCCUGGCCUCCACAAAUCGAGCCGAUGUUUUGGACAAUGCUCUGAUGCGGCCUGGCCGACUCGACCGGCAUGUCUUCAUUGAUCUUCCCACUCUGCAGGAGAGGCGAGAGAUUUUUGAGCAGCAUCUGAAAGGCCUGAAGCUGACCCAGACCAGCAGCUUUUACUCCCAGCGGCUGGCAGAGCUGACACCAGGAUUCAGCGGAGCUGACAUCGCCAACAUCUGCAAUGAGGCUGCACUGCAUGCCGCACGGGAGGGGCACACAUCUGUGCACACAUUCAACUUUGAGUAUGCCGUGGAACGUGUCAUUGCUGGGACUGCCAAGAAGAGCAAGAUCCUUUCCAAGGAGGAGCAGAAGGUGGUGGCCUUCCAUGAGUCCGGCCAUGCCCUUGUUGGCUGGCUGCUAGAACACACAGAGGCUGUGAUGAAGGUCUCCAUAGCACCUCGGACGAAUGCUGCCUUAGGCUUUGCUCAGAUGCUCCCCCGAGACCAGUACCUCUUCACCAAGGAGCAGCUGUUCGAGCGCAUGUGCAUGGCCCUGGGUGGCCGUGCCGCUGAGGCCAUCUCUUUCAGCAAGGUCACCUCUGGGGCCCAGGACGACCUGAGGAAGGUUACCCUCAUCGCAUACUCCAUGGUGAAGCAGUUCGGAAUGGCACCUCGCAUUGGGCCAGUCUCCUUCCCUGAGGCACAGGAGGGUGUCACAGGCAUUGGACGACGUCCCUUCAGCCAGGGCCUGCAGCAGAUGAUGGACCAUGAAGCAAAGCUGCUGGUAGCUAUGGCCUACAGACACACUGAGAAGGUGCUACUGGACAACCUGGACAAGUUGCAGGCGCUGGCGAAUGCCCUUCUGGAAAAGGAAGUGAUAAACUAUGAGGACAUUGAGGCCCUCAUUGGCCCGCCGCCCCAUGGGCCUAAGAAAAUGAUUGCCCCACAGAGGUGGAUCGAUGCCCAAAGGGAGAACCAAGCCUCUGGGGAGGAGGAGGCGGCUCCACAGAUAGUUGGAGCUCCUCCACUGCACCUGUGGUGAUCCGGGAACUGCUCACCUCGCCAUUCAGUUCCUUUCAGCCCUCAGUGGUUUCUACUGAAGGGCUUCUAUUUAUUGGUUUCCCCUAUCUAUGGGUAGUAAAUUUCUUUGCUGAACUGACUGACUGAACUUUGCAUUUGUACCACACUUCCCCUGUGGGGAGGAAUUUCAGCACUUAUAUGAGAGUGCCUAUAGAGUCUCAAGCUCCCAGGGUUUAGACAAUGUCUCCACGUGUGGCAUUGUGGAUGUGACCCACCUCAAAACUGUGGUGUGCCUGUGUGUACCUGAAGCUUGGGCAUGGCCCAUCCCUGUCCUGUGAUUGCCUCAGAAUGCUAACAGAUGAAAGGACUCUGUUGAACCAACUGCCCUUGUCCUCAUGCUGCUCACUCUUCAAGGGGAUUACAGAGGAUGACUGGGCUCUGGGCCCUAGAGAAUUCAAACACUGCCACCUACCGCCAUGUAGACGGUGUGUCGAGAGCCUCUCCUCACUGUUCUGUCCUGCUGCUUCAAGGACACCUUUUUUGUUUGUUUUUUUGGUGGACCUGGGUUUGAAAUCAGAGCUUCCACUAGCGAAGUAGGCACACUACCACUUGAGCCAUAUCUCCAGUCCAUUUUGCUCUGCUCAUUUCAGAAACAGUUUGCUCAGGCUAGACUCAAAACAAUCCUCCCGAUCUCAGCCUCCCAAGUAGCUAGGAUUACAGGCUGAGCCACCAGUGUCCAGCAGGUUUGUGUUUGGUCACAGGAUCUUGUUUUCAGUUUAUACCAUGAGCCCUCCCCUUCUGUAGGAAUCUGGGCACAGGCCACACAGGCAUGAAGGCCCAGGUAAGCCACCAGCACUCACCUGCCUCCACCCUCCUUGUGCAGUGGCAUUUGCAGUACGGAUUAUAGUCACUUCCAGACAGGAGAUUGUUCUCUUGUUGCCCAGCACUUGUAGCCAAGGAAGCUGCUGGCAGUACAGGGGCAGGUGCCAGAGUUGCAGUACUUGGGUGAGGGAGGGAAAGCUUUGGCCUUAACCCCAGUUCUCCACACUUACUACCAAAG